UUCCAACCUCGCCGCUUUCUGACAAUUCCACCCCACCCAACUCUCAAUAAAUUCAUCCCACAGGAAAGAUAUGCGGCUACUUGUAUAGCCUUGGAAUCGCCGACCUUGCCACCACAUUCGUUAGGAAUUAUUACAUUGUCCGGGGCCGUCCGUAGCCUGUUGUCUCGUUAUCAUAUCCCCCGCAAGCUGGCUCCACAGCGAAAAGCGCAACCAGCUGCUCUCUUCGACUGAGCAGUGAGGGAUACUCGCACCGCCAGGAUGGCCUAUGUUGUGCCAAUCCAUCGGGCAAGCAGCAUACGACAUGCGCUAACGCUGCAGUUCAUGAAAUCGGAGGAGGAUGUACUGGUUGUUGCGAAAGCGAACCGGCUCGAGUUCUAUAACCUCACUCCAGAUGGGUUGAGCCUCGCCAGUUCGUGCUCCCUAUUUGCCAGGGUCACGAUGCUGGCUCGACUUCCAGCGCCCGCCAACUCGUCUACCGAUCACCUCGUGGUGGGCACAGACCACUAUACAUACUGCACACUGUCGUGGGAUAGCACGCUGAAUCAAGUGCGCACGGAGCGAAAGUAUGUGGAUGUCGCUGACCCGUCGUCGCGUGAGGCUCAGACGGGCAAUCGUUGCUUGGUCGAUCCAAGCGGCCGGUUCAUGACCCUCGAGGUCUAUGAGGGCGUCAUUGCGGUGAUCCCUAUCGUGCAAUUACCCAGCAAGAGGAGGGGUAGGCAGGUUACCCUGCCUUCGGGGCCCGAUGCACCUCGCAUCGGCGAGCUCGGCGAGCCAACAACAGCUAGAAUCGACGAGCUUUUCGUGCGCUCCUCGGCCUUUUUGCACGUCCAGUCAGGACUGCCGCGGAUUGCGCUCCUUUACGAGGAUAACCAAAAGAAAGUGAGGCUCAAGGUCCGGGAGUUGCACUAUAACGCGGCCACCACAACCAUGAGCGCGGAUGCGUCGUUUGAGGAACUGCUAGACGGCUUCUCAGAUGAACUCGACCUCGGAGCCUCUCAUCUCGUACCGGUUCCCGCUCCCCUAGGUGGUCUUCUGGUUCUGGGAGAGACGUCUAUCAAGUACGUUGACACGGACAGCAACGAGGUCGUGUCUCGCCCAUUAGACGAGGCUACUGUGUUCGUGGCUUGGGAACGUGUGGAUAGUCAGCGCUGGCUGCUGGCUGAUGAUUAUGGCAGACUGUUCCUCCUUAUGUUGGUCUUGGAUGCUACUAACCAGGUUCAGUCCUGGAAGCUGGAUCACUUGGGCAACACAUCCCGGGCCUCUGUCUUAGUGUACCUUGGAGCGGGUACCAUCUUCGUUGGCUCUCACCAAGGUGAUUCCCAAGUACUUCGGAUCGGAAAUGGUUCAAUCGAGGUAAUCCAGACCCUGUCCAAUAUUGCACCGAUUCUUGACUUCACGAUCAUGGACCUCGGCAAUCGCACCAGCGAGAGCCAGACGCACGAGUUCUCUUCAGGGCAAGCCCGCAUUGUCACAGGCUCAGGUGCCUUUGAUGAUGGGACAUUGAGAAGCGUGCGUAGCGGCGUUGGCAUGGAGGAACUGGGUGUCUUGGGUGAGAUGGAGCACAUUACCGAUCUGUGGGGGUUGCAGGUAGCCGCUCAAGGCGACUUUCUCGACACGCUGCUUGUAACUUUUGUGGAUGAAACACGAGUGUUCCAAUUUAGUCCGGACGGCGAGGUGGAGGAGCUCGAAAGCUUCCUUGGGCUCAGCCUUUCUGAGAAUACGCUACUCGCCGCCAAUCUCCCUGGAGGACGGAUAUUACAGGCCACCGAACAAAGAAUCUUGGUUGCCGACAUUGAGAGUGGCAUGGUUACAUACGAGUGGACAUCCCCGGACACAUCGGUCAUCACUGCUGCCUCAACCAACGAUGAAUGUGUGGUUCUUGUCAUUGGCGGUGAACUUGUGACCGUUCUAUCCCUCAAGAAUGAGCCCCAAGUGAUGGCCCAGAAGGACUUCGGUGUUGAUAGCCAGAUUUCUGGCGUGACGCUGCCCUCUAACCCUGCUGAUGUCUGUAUCGUUGCCUUCCCCCAAUUAGCCAAGGUCUCCGUAUUGAAGGUUCAAGACCUGACUGAGCUGCACACAUUAUCACUCGGUCCGGCAGGCGAGGCUUUCCCUCGCUCUGUUCUUGUGGCCGAUGUCCUUGCGAACAGUCCGUCGACUCUGUUCAUUUCCAUGGCAGAUGGUAGUGUUAUCACCUACUCAUUUGACAUCAAGAAUUACUCUUUGUCGGGGAUGAACAAACUUAUCCUUGGGUCUGAGCAGCCGACCUUCAAAAAGCUUCCAAGAGGGGAUGGGCUUUAUAACGUGUUCGCGACCUGUGAAAAUCCUAGUCUCAUAUAUGGCUCUGAAGGUCGCAUUAUCUAUUCCGCUGUCAACUCCGAGGGCGCAUCUCGCAUAUGUCACUUCAACUCUGAGGCAUAUCCCGAAGCUAUCGCUGUUGCUACGCGUCAAGAUCUUAAGAUCGCGCUGGUGGAUACGGAGCGGACAACGCAAAUCCAAACUCUUCCAGUGGGUGCAACUGCCCGCAGAGUUGCUUAUUCACCAUCGGAGAAGGCUUUUGGCAUUGGCACUAUUGAACGCAAGCUGAAGGAUGGCGAAGAGCAGGUACAAAGUCGGUUUGUACUCGCGGAUGAAAUUCUGUUCCGUCAUCUGGAUUCCUUCGACUUCCAGCCCGAAGAGUUGGUGGAAAGUGUUGUCCGUGCCGAAUUUUCAGCAGGUAAAGAUGAGAACGGCCGAGAGGUGACCAAAGACCGCUUCAUUGUAGGAACGGCGUACUUGGACGAUGAGGGAGAAGAGUCCAUUCGAGGCCGGAUUUUGGUUUUUGAGGUUGACAAUGGUCGUAAAUUGGCCAAAGUCGCUGAGCUACCUGUCAAGGGUGCCUGUCGUGCCUUGGCUAUGUUGGGCGAAAAGAUUGUAGCGGCGCUUGUCAAGACUGUUGUGGUCUAUAAAGUGGUCAACAACAACUUCGGAGCCAUGAAGCUAGAGAAACUAGCCAGUUACCGGACUUCGACUGCGCCUGUGGAUGUCACGGUCUCGGGAAAUGUCAUUGCUGUCGCAGAUCUCAUGAAGAGCGUGUGCUUGGUCGAGUGGAAGGAGGGCGAAGAUGGUGCUCCUGACACAUUGACCGAGGUGGCCCGCCACUUCCAGACAGUUUGGGCUACCGGUGUCGCCUGUAUUGCUGAGGAUACCUUUCUAGAGAGUGAUGCUGAGGGUAAUUUGAUAGUGCUCCGUCGCAAUCGGACGGGGGUGGAGGAGGAUGAUAAGCGCCGACUGGAGGUUACCGGCGAAAUCUCGCUUGGAGAGAUGGUCAAUCGAAUCCGGCCCGUCAACAUACAACAAUUGGCAGGCUUGACAGUCACACCGCGGGCGUUCCUGGGCACGGUCGAGGGCUCCAUCUAUCUAUUUGCUGUGAUCAACUCGGAACAUCAAGACUUUCUGAUGCGCCUGCAGGCUACCAUGGCAGGGAAGGUCGAGUCUCUAGGGAACAUCCCUUUCAAUGAGUUCCGCGGGUUCCGCAGCAUGGUGCGCGAGGCCAAAGAACCGUAUCGAUUUGUGGACGGUGAAUUGCUUGAACGGUUUCUGACGUGCCCACCCAGUCUACAGGAAGAAAUUGUCAAGUCCGUUGGGAUGAUGGAUGUUGAUGAAGUCAAGGCCAAGAUCGAGGCCUUACGGCGGCUACAUUAGGAUAUCUGGAGAUUUGAAAUGACACCGCUAUGCGAAUUUGCAACAAAACUUUUUCCUGCCUCUUCUGUAUGCUGUCAAGCGGUCCUCACUUCUGACUGAAGUCAAGGGAGAGGUGUUAACCAUCUGGGUUUGGUACUAUACCAGUCUAUGGGAUGCCAACCGUGUGCCAUGUAAUGUCCACGCGACAAGCCAAAGAAAACAUAAUCAAC